GUAGACCCCUCUUGCAAUGAAUCUUUUCUUAUCCUAAAUUCAUAAUUCAUAAGUCAUAAGGUGUGCAUGUCUGAAAUUACGAGAAAAAAGAAAAGAGUGUGAUUUGUGUGUGAGAGAGAAAUGGAAGGGAGUGGUUGCAAGAAAAGCUCAAAGGGAAAAAAAGAUGACCUUUAUCAUGUUAUUCAUAAGGUACCUUAUGGAGAUACUCUCUAUGUUAAAGCCAAGCAUGCCCAGUUGGUAGAUAAGGACCCAGAAGCAGCCAUAGUGUUAUUUUGGAAGGCGAUAAAUGCUGGAGAUAAAGUGGAUAGUGCCUUAAAGGACAUGGCUGUUGUGAUGAAGCAAUUAGACAGAUCCGAAGAAGCAAUUGAAGCCAUCAAAUCUUUCAGAAGCCUUUGUUCCAAACAUUCUCAAGAGUCACUUGAUAAUGUACUUCUUGACCUCUACAAGAAAUGUGGAAGAAUUGACGAGCAAAUUGAGUUGCUGAAGCGAAAGCUAAGACUAAUCUACCAAGGUGAAGCUUUCAAUGGAAGGACCACAAGGACUGCUCGCUCUCAUGGCAAAAAGUUCCAAGUUUCUAUCAAGCAAGAAACUGCAAGAUUAUUGGGAAAUUUGGGGUGGGCCUACAUGCAAAAGGAGAACUACAUGAUGGCGGAGGUUGUAUUCAAGAAAGCCCAAAUGAUAGAUGCUGACGCCAACAAGGCUUGCAACUUGGUGGUGUGCCUCAUGAGACAAUCCCGUUAUGAAGAAGCCUAUUACAUUCUUGAACAUGUCUUGCAUGGAAAGCUUCCUGGCUCCGAUGAAACUAAGUCCAAGAAAAGAGCAGAGGAGUUGCUUUUGGAAUUUAAUUCAAAUAUCCCUCAAUCACAAUAUCUGGAUAAUUUGGGCCUUGAUGAUGACUUUGUCAAAGGGAUAGAUGAAUUGCUCACUGCAUGGGGAUCAAAUAACAGAUCCAGGAGGCUUCCUAUAUUUGAGGAAAUCUCUUCGUUUAGAGAUCAAUUGGCAUGUUAGUUAAUUCUCAAUCUUAGGUUAUAUGUUUCUUUUAUUAUUGUUUGUGUCAUGUUUGUAUAUAUUACUAUAUUAGUGUCAUAGGUUGUUAUUAUUCUUAGUUUAGGUUUGCUGCAAAGAGGGGCUUUAAUUUGUCUUCUCUGAUCUAGUACGUAGUUUGUGCUUCCUCUACCCUUUUUUGUCUUCUUAAAAUGAUGAGGGAAGCCAUGAAACCAAUAAGGUUUGCUUGUAUCUUGUUAGAUGAAUAAUAGAUAUGAAGCGUUCCAAGCACCAUCUUUGUGGAUAAAAGAUUGAUGGUAUGAU